CAGAGAUGGCGCCUCCCCGGGGUCACGGUCCCCCAUCAACUACCGUCACUGCGUCGCAGAAAUCGCCUCGUUUAAUUACCAGACAAAGCCCACACAGCCAUGUCUAGCCUACCUAUCUAUCGUCAAGUCCUCACGACACCAAUACUCUGAACGGGAAGUGAUGUGUGAUGUGUCGUCGUGAUCGUGAUCUUGCUGGACGAGGUCGCGUCCGCCGUCCGUCCUGCCACAUCUACUGUCCUUGGCUCUGUAUUUAGGAGCCAUGGGCGUCCUCUCUUUAACAUCGUUGUCAUUUUCACAGGGCUGGCUCUAUCUUUUCUUUCUCCUACUAUGUGGUUGCCUGUUCGACGGGGUCUGGAUCUCCGUCGGGGUGACCGCCGCUCCUCUCUCAUCACCAUCGCCAUCACCAUCCCCUUCCCCAGGACCGAGUCCGAGUUCGAGUCCGAGUCCACUACCGGUCGGGCAGCCAGAUCGACGGCAGUUCGACCCUAGUCCUUGCGCCGAGGUUGCCGCUCGGGUGGAAGCUACUCUGUCUGCAUUCCCCGGAGCCAUCCCGACUGUCACAGCAGAACUGGGAUUCGCCUGCCUUCAAUCCGUUCCCAACAAGCCCGAACCGGCCCAGGAGCUGAUCCGGAGCCUCCAGGCGUACGUGCAGUGGCAAAGCACGCUCGCCUGGCUCCGAGACCCGCCCUCAACCUACAGCUUCCCAGCGGCCGACAUACCACAGGGCCUCACCGAGAUCGGGGAGGCAGCGGCGAAUGGAUCGUUUGCGAGCGAAUACGAGUUCCAACUCUCCAUCAUGAAAGUCUUCGCAUCGGCCCAUGACGGCCAUUUCAGUUUCCGCGGGGAUAUCUUCAAGCCAUUCGGCUUCGGAAAUGCUUUGGCGGCCGACAUUGUCGCCGUCUCUCGAGAUGGCAAGGAGCCUCCACGGCUCUAUCAUGGACGAAUGCUGACUGCGAAUAUGAGGAUGGAGGACUACCCUCCUGCGAUCGUCCAAAUCAACGACCAGGACGCGCCAACAAUCAUCCAGGAUCUCAACAGUCAGUUCAGUGGCUUCCAGGACCCAGACUCCCAGUGGAACUCAAUGUUCCCUUCGUAUGCGAACCCGGAUGCGGCCCUCCUGGUGGCGGCUUCGUUUGCUUUCCACGGGCCUAGCGUUACGCUCACGUACGAUAACGGGGCCAGGAGAUCGGAGGACAGCUUUACCAUCGUGCGGCCCGACGUCGACUUUUCUCGCAUCGCCAGCGGGGAGGGCUUUUACGACCGCUUUUGCAAUCCCGACUCGGUGGACGUUGUCGGGCCGGUGCAAGGAGGUGAGGUGAUGCAGAUGAUCAUCGGCUCGGAAGAGUCUUUCGAUGGGGAGACGACAUUUGUUCCUCUAGACGAGGGCACAGCCCCCGGACAGGAGAAGACUGAGGAGUUGGUUCCGUUGGAGGAGCAGGCGCCGGUUGAGGAACAGGGAGACGAAGAGGAGCCGUUCUUGCCCAUCAGUAUCUAUCCUCGACCCGUGGUCAGCGACAGCGUCUCCGGCGCAACGUCGGGUUACUUCCUCGACGGUGAAGGAUACGACGACGUCGCCGUCCUGUCCAUCUCAUCUUUUGCGCCUCGAGGCAACGUUGGAGGACUGGAGUACCUCGCCGAUUUCCAAUCCACUGUCGAGACGUUUCUAGAGGAAUGCCGACAGCGCUCCGCCCGGCGCCUCGUCGUCGACCUCUCCGCCAACGGGGGCGGUUUUGUCGUGGCGGGCUUCGAGCUCUUCGCACAGCUGUUCCCCGACGAACCACGGUUCCAGGCCACGAACCUGCGUCUCCCGGACAGUCUCGCCGCGUUAGCACGAGGCGUCCAGAACGUACGAGCGCCCCGGCAGGGCCGCGCGGUGUCGGAUUCGGAUUCCGAACUGGCCGCGCGGCGACAGCUCGCCAGCAGCACCUUGGUGGGCAACUUCAUCCCCGGCGAAGUGUACCGGGUCCCUUCGAGCGACGGCUUCGCUGGGGGCGUGGAGGAAAUCCUCGGCCCCGUGGAGCUGCGGGACGACUCGUUCACGGCGUACCAGCAGAUGCCGCUCAACGCCAGCUCGUCGGCCUUUAACCUCACCGGGGUCGGGGCCCGGUCCGACCCGCCGCCUGCCGUGUUUGCGGCCGAGGACGUGGUGCUCUUGACGGACGGCACGUGCGGGUCGACGUGCACGCUGUUUGCGUACCUCGCGACGCUGGGCCUGGGUGUCAAGACGGUCGUGCUGGGCGGUCGUCCGCAGCCGGGGCCCAUGCAGGCCAUCGGAGGCGUGGAGGGCGCGCAGGUGUUUUUCUUCAACGACAUGCAGGCGGACGCGGCGGCGGUGCUGGCGCUGGACCCCGACGCGGCGACCCGGCCCGGCUCGGACGAGCUCAGGGUGUUGGCGGAGGGUUACGCUAUUCGGAGGGCAAGUAACCCAUCCGUCGCGGGCGCUGUCAAUGGGAAGAAUGCCUUCAUGGCGGCAGACGCCUCGACGCCGUUGCAGUUUCUCUGGCAGCCGGCUGAUUGCAGGGUGUACUACACGUGGGAGACCUUGCGGGACGCUGAGGCGGCGUGGCGGGUUGCGGUGGACGCUACAUGGAGGGACCCCGAGGGGAUCUGCGUCGAGGGGAGCCGAGUCGGCGCGAACCGGGCGGAGGGGGUGGAUCCAGCGUUCGAGGUUGCGGAGGAGGUUGUUGAUGGUGGGAACGCAAGGGGAGAGUCAGGGAACCAACAGACCGGGCAGGUCCCAGAGACGGAUCCGGCAAAGCCGGGGAGCCCGGGAAGCGACAGGGAGGGGGAGGGGGAAGACUCUGAUCGCACGGUUUCUGGGGCGGUUGCUCGCAUGGGAGGAGGCGAACCCUCUAUCGGUUUGGUCCUUUUGGGCGUCCUAGUGGGCGGAGUUGUGGCGAUUUUCUAGGCAUAUAUAUGUCAUAAGCAUUGGAUGGAGAGAUACCCCGACUACAGAAGGUUAAUAUUGAGCAUGGCGGCUUUAUACAAUGGCCGACUUUGGACAUGUUGAAGGUGCCAUGAUGAUGAGCAACAGGUUGGG